CUUCGUUCAUUUGGGUCCAGUUCUCCGCAUCAAACGGUUGGGGCACAUUCCUCAUCAACAGCCACGGCUCAGGAAGUGAAAUACGUCAAGCCUGCGUUCAGGAUGGAAGCCAGGAAGAGGGAGCCAGCAAGGAAAAAAAGCAAGGAGAGCAAAAAGGAAAUCUCAUACAUCCCGGCAGGAUCAGCUGAGGAUGGAGGUGACCACACAAGAGAGGUGACUGAAGCCAAGGGUUCAGCAAAUGAAGAGAAUAGUCUGGUCAAAAGAGGAGUCUCAGUUGUUGACGAUGAAGAUCUCAAAACACCUAAGAAAGGAUGCCGAACCGGAAAUGGUUUGAACUUCAAAGACAACCAAGCGAGUGGAGGAGAGGUUGGGAGCAGCAGAUACGGAUUGAGAAAGAGGGAGAGAAUAACUUAUACUGAGGAAAGGGAUCUCCCUGACGAUGAUUACCUGUCACCCAAAGUGGAUGAUUCUGAGGCUCACCCUUGCCCUCACUGUAACAUUGUAUUUACUCAAGCCGAGUUCCUUCAGAAACACCACAGAAGACAUCCUGAACUCUGUCAAGAUACAACAGCAACACAAUCAGCUUGUAACAUAAUUGUUUCUUCACAGCAGAGAGAAAGUCAGGGAUUUAUCACAUAUACAGUUGGAGAAAAGGAGUUUACACAAAGGGGAUCUCUGCAGGGUCGCCAGCGAUCGAUCUCUGGGGAGAGACUGUAUAAAUGUGCUGAAUGUGGAAAGCGUUUCACAAGUUCAGGGAAUCUCCAGAGACACCAGCGAUCACACACAGGGGAGAAACCGUAUAAAUGUGCCAAAUGUAGAAAGAAUUUCACAACAGCAGGGGAGCUCAAAGUUCACCAGCGAUCACACUCGGGAGAGAGACCGUAUAAAUGUGCAGAAUGUGGAAAGAGUUUCAAGCAAGCUGGGCACCUACAGAGACACCAGGGAUCACACACAGGAGACAGACCGUAUAAAUGUGCCGAAUGUGGAAAGAGUUUCACUCAAUCAGGUCACUUCCAGAUUCACCAGCGAUCACACACAGGAGAGAGACCGUACAGAUGUGUUGAAUGUGGAAAGAGUUUCACAAGUUCAGCGAACUUCCAGACACAUCAGCGAUUACACAGAGGAGAGAGACCAUUCAAAUGCAUUGAAUGUGGAGAGAGUUUCACAACAUCAUGGGAACUCAAGAUACACCAGCGAUCACACACAGGAGAGAGACCCUAUAAAUGUGCCGAAUGUGGAAAGAGUUUUACACAGUCAGGGGCCCUCCAGAGACACCAGCGAUCACACACAGGAGAGAAACCAUAUAAAUGUGCUGAAUGUGAAAAGAGUUUCACAAGUUCAUGGAACCUCCAGACACACCAACGCUCACACACAGGAGAGAGACCAUAUAGAUGUGUUGAAUGCGGAAAGAGUUUCCCAACAUCAGGAUAUCUCCAGAGUCAUCAGCGAUCACACACAGGAGAGAGACCAUAUAAAUGUACUGAAUGUGGAAAGCGAUUUACAUAUUCGGGGAAUCUCAAGAGACACCAGCGAUCACACAAAGGAGAGAGACCGUAUAAAUGGCCCGGAUGUGGAAAUAAUUUCACUGAAUCAAGGAUCCUCCAAAAUCACUGAGAAGAGCACACAAUAUAAAUGUGCUGAAUCAUAUAAUAGAAUCAUAGAGUAUUGC